AUGUCCGCCGCAUAUCCAUCUCCACAGCCUACCACACGAGAGGACUUAGGGAUAGUAUUAGCUCCUCUGUCCAGGAUCCUCGACCCUUCGACCGUGAGCAGCAACGAGACUCGAAUUCAUACCUCUGCUCCGACCAAUCAGUACACUGUCGACAACUUUCGCAUGCUGCAGCAGCAGAACACCCACGAAGAGUUCUUCAGUCCCUCUGAAGAGCUCACAAGGACACCUGGGGAAGACCUACAAACUCCAUGGACAGGUUGCGGAACAAUUGUACCGGCUAGGUCACCGUAUAGGGAAGCCGGCCAUGCUCCAGAUCAUGAUAAUUACUACUUCGAAUGGAACCAACAUGUCCAUGGCGGGGAGUAUGGGCAAGCACUGACCAGCAAUGGGUACUCGUCCGCUGGAUUCGGAUCAAAGGGUUCCCCGGGGCAGAUGAUUCAGCACCCAUUCGAGGGUUACGAAGUGUCUCGUGUGUACAAUCCACACAUGGUUGAUCGACCCCAGGCACAGAUGGUAGACGGAACGUUAAGGAGUGGUUCCAGAGACACUACCUCAACGAUUGCCGACGCUUACGUUGAUCGCUAUGCCCAUGUAGACCAUUUCCCAACCCUAUACCCGACGUAUGCCACAGAGCCUUCCCGCAACCCUUCUUUUCUCGGACCUUGGCGGCAGCAGCAUGAGAUUGUGCAUGUCGACGAUCCCCUGACCAACCCUGAAGGCAUUAAAUUCUCAGACGCUUCACUUCCAAAGCGAGAGAAGCACGGGAGGGACCUGAAGACUAGGUUACGCCUGACACCCAGACAGAAGAGUGAGGGCCGUAAACCUACUGGCAUUGAGAAGCAACCACUCUGGCAGCGAAAAGCUUCCGUAAAGGGUAAUCUGAAGCGAUACGCCGCUUUGGAAGAUGCUCUCACAGUUCCACUUCCAGACUUCCCCCACAUUGAGGUCCAGUACGCGACCCAUGACGAAGCCCUUGACGACUUCAAAGACCGCGUUAAAGACCUCGCUACAUACUGGACACCGCCUCAAAAUGAUUCAAGCAUCCCGAGAAACGAUACGGAGCGUCAAGCUGUCGUCCGCACGCUCCUCGGUGCUAUGAGGGACACUUCCCGUGCUGCAGACAAGAUCGAUUCCAGGUGGACGGAAGACGCUCCGCGGAAACACAACCUCAAGGACAUAGAGGUGGCUUGCUGGGAGAUUGAGCGUCUUGCCGAGCGUCUUCAUAUAGAGGGCCCAUCGGUCCUUGCUAUCCACGACGUGAACUUCUUGAAGACCGUCAAGCACUCGGAAGAGCUCACAUUUGGGCAACGUAUCCGAUACAUAGCGGUGCUCUUCUUGGAGUUCAAGAGCCGUGCGGAUGGCUUGAUCAAGGGCCAGACUUUGCAUGACAUAGUCGGCGCUCCACAGGAAGCCUUACACUCUGCCCGAACGAAUAACGAGGCCAACAAGCGUAAAGCUAACCAGAUUGCUUUUGCACGCGAACACCAGCCAGAGCAGGCCCUUGGCAAACGUAAACGAGUCUCCUCAAAGCAACCUAUACUAGACGCAGAUGAAAAGGGCGACAACGAUAUUCCAAACGAUGCAGAAGAGACUCCUCAUGCCACCGAUACAAACCAUGUCGACUUGAAUUCAGACGCAUCUAGGACCCGUCGAAAGCGCGCUCGCUAUUCACCUCGUCCUCGUAUUGCAUCUCGCGUCUCGCGUUUUAGCUAG